AAUUAAACCAAAAUUUAUCUCUAGUUUUCAUCUUACUGUCAUGCAAAGAAAAUUUGUCCCACAAACACCUUCAGUCUUUAUCUUCCAUGCUACAUUUUGAUAUGGUUAAUCCAUUUCCUAGUUUUCUUAAUAUUAUCAACUCUAAGAUGCGGGAGCCAAUAAUUAACACAUAUGCGAACUUUAGAGAUGAUGUGCUUCCCCACAUUAAAAGACUUGGAUAUAAUGCUGUUCAAAUCAUGGCUAUUCAAGAGCACUCGUAUUAUGCUAGAUUUGGGUAUCAUGUGACAAACUUCUUUGCACCAAGCAGCCAUUUUGGAACCCCUGAUGAUCUUAAGUCACUGAUAGAUAGGGCUCACAAGUUGGGUCUACUUGUUCUUAUGGAUAUUGUGCACAGGUACAAAGGUUUCAUCUUUCAAAUGCAAGAUGGUGGCUGGAAGAAUACAAGUUUGAUGGAUUCAGAUUUGAUGUUGUGACUUCAAUGAUGUACACCUAUCAUGGGUUGCAGUUAAUAUCUGAGUCGCAUUUACUAGAAACUACAAUGAAUACUUCAAAAAUGCAACUUAUGUAGAUGUUGUUGUCUAUCUGAUGCUGGUUAAUCAUAUGAUUCAUGGGCUAUAUCCUGAGGCUACACCAUUGGUGAAGAUUCUCAAGUAUAAAAGGGA